AUGGCGAACUUAGAGAAAGUGAAAAUAUUAGUUGUUGGUGAUUCAGGUCAGUGGCGAAGAUAAUACAUUGUUUAUUUUAUAGAAAUAGUUAUUUAGUGACACAGUUUUCUAUAUAAAUGGUAGUAUUGAUAUCGUGAAUUUGUAGGGAGUAUAAAAAAGUAUAAAGUUUUCAUAUUUUAAAAUUGAUAACCACUCUCAUUUCUAGGGGUUGGUAAAACUUCACUUGUCAACUUAAUAUGUCAUAAUGAAAGCCUACCCAAUCCUGCUUGGACCAUUGGUUGUUCUGUAGAAACCAAGGUAUUUCGUUUUGCUAUAAAGUGGGACAAUGUUCGCACAUUUAUUAUGCCAGACAUUCUAACUUACUGUACUUGUUGAGGGAAAGUCUUGCACAUUGAUGGGUUAAUCACCUGUAUUAUUCCGUUGCCUCGGUUCAUAAUACUGCCUACCGUAAACGUUGCUCAAAUAUCUGAAUUGAGUUUAAAAUAUCUCCACCUAGGUGUAUGACUAUAAGCAAGGGACGCCUCAAGAAAAGGAGUUUUUUAUUGAAUUAUGGGAUAUUGGUGGUUCUGCAAAUCACAAAUGUAGCCGGUCAAUAUUUUAUACAUCAAUGAAUGGUAUGGAAAUUUUAGCUACUACUGUCAUUCCAAUUGAAGUGUUGCUCAAAUAUUGAUUCAAUACAUUACCUCGGGCUGACCCAUUCAUUUCAUCAAGUCCCUUGAGAUAUUCAUACACUUCCUAGUAUAAUUGUAAACUUCCUGUUGAAUAGUUUGAAUGCACCAAUCACUUUUGUUGUUUGUGCAACUAACCAAUCAUAAAUAGAAAGGAAGUGACCAGAAAUGAUCAAAUACUUGGAAUUGGCUCUUUCACAGAAAGUGUAUGAAUAUCUCAAGGAACUUGAUCAAAUGAAUUGGUCAGCCUGAGGUAAUGUAUUGAAUCAAUAUUUCAGCAACACUUCAAUUGGAACGACAGUAAUACUUAAAGGUGCUCUACAGUCCGAUCUGCGCAUGUGCACAAAUGAGCCCACUUUUUAUGAUACAAACAGUUUAACUAUGUUUUGAGUUCUUGAAAAGCCUGGUUGUUGUUUCUUGAUCAUUUAUUAUACUCUAGAAGCUUGAAAAUAUAAAUAGUUGUCGAAUAAAGCUCAAUAUUUUGGACACAAAAAUGUAAACAAAGGCUUUCACUUUGUUUACAUACGGACUGUAGAUCACCUUUAACAUUAUGAAAUCAAAUUCUUGAAGUUCAAUUCUAUAAUUUCUGUUGUAUAUUUUGACAGGUCUAAUAUUGGUCCAUGAUCUAACAAAUCGUAAAUCAUAUUUAAAUCUUAGAAAAUGGUUAGCUGAGGUCCUUGGUGCUGGGAAAGAACUAUCAAGUAAUAAUUUAGGCAACAUAAUGUGAAUAUAGUUUUGUUAUACAGAACUUUCUGUGGGCAGUCUUUUGUACUCUUUGAUCGACCAUAAAGACCUGGCAUGUUACCUUAGAUGCGCAAUUGUCAUUGUAGUAAUGAUUUCAUUAAACUCAAGAAAAAUCUCAACAAAAACUCUAAUCUUACUUAUUGCAGGUGUGGGUUCCAGAAAGACCUCAAAAGCUAGGUAAGAUUCUACAUUGCAGACCGAUUAGUGGACAAAAUGAGGAAAUGUUGACAGUUAAAACUACACCAGUCUCUCAAUUUGAUUUCAUUGCCAUCAAAUAUAUAUACAAGACUACUAUAUAUGAAAUGAAUCAUUGUUGUUUUCUCUUACUCUGAUAACUGCAAGUUGGUCACUAUCUGAUGCAUCCCAUACAAUGCUUAGUGAAACCCGAACAGUCUGUGCCAGUGUAGGCAGGGUGCGAUAAUUCACGUACUUGCGUACCAGAGGUACGCCAAUAUUACUGUCUGGUACUUAUUUGUUUUCAACCACGCAGGUACGCGGAACUCUUGCUAUCUGCUUACUUAUUUUUUGCUUGUACCACAUGACCUUUCUAAGUCCAAGGUAUUCAAUACCGUAAUUUAGUUGGUAUAUCAUGUGUCUGAGAUGUCUUGGCAUGAAACAUUAUUGCACUGAUGGCACUAAGAAAUGUUGGAGUCCAUUGUUUGAAAUAACAAAACUCCCUUUUCAAAUAGCAAAACUCCCUUUUCAAACAGCGGAACACCCUUUUCAAAACUCCCUUUUCAAAUAGCAAAACUCCCUUUUCAAAUAGCAAAACUCACUUUUCAAAUAGCAAAAUUCCCUUUUCAAAUAGCAAAACUCCCUUUUCAAAUAGUAAAACUCCCUUUUCAAAGAGCAAAACUCCCUUUUCAAACAGCAGAACUCCCUUUUCAAAAUAGCAAAACUUUAUUUUCAAAUAGCAAAACUUUCUUUUCAAAUAGCAAAACUGCCUUUUCAAAUAGCAAAACUCACUUUUCAAAUAGCAAAACUCACUUUUCAAAUAGCAAAACUCACUUUUCAAAUAGCAAAACUCACUGUUCAAAUAGCAAAACUCCCUUUUCAAAUAGCAAAACUCCCUUUUCAAAUAGCAAAACUCCCUUUUCAAAUAGUGAAACUCCCUUUUCAAAUAGCAAAAUUCCCUUUUCAAAUAGUAAAACUCCCUUUUCAAAGAACAAAACUCCCUUUUCAAAUAGCGGAACUCCCUUUUCAAAAUAGCAAAACUUUCUUUUCAAAUAGCAAAACUUUCUUUUCAAAUAGCAAAACUGCCUUUUCAAAUAGCAAAACUCACUUUUCAAAUAGCAAAACUCACUUUUCAAAUAGCAAAACUCACUUUUCAAAUAGCAAAACUCACUUUUCAAAUAGCAAAACUCACUUUUCAAAUAGCAAAACUCACUUUUCAAAUAGCAAAACUCACUUUUCAAAUAGCAAAACUCACUGUUCAAAUAGCAAAACUCACUUUUCAAAUAGCAAAACUCCCUUUUCAAAUAGUGAAACUCCCUUUUCAAAUAGCAAAAUUCCCUUUUCAAAUAGCAAAACUCCCUUUUCAAAUAGUAAAACUCCCUUUUCAAAGAGCAAAACUCCCUUUUCAAACAGCAGAACUCCCUUUUCAAAAUAGCAAAACUUUCUUUUCAAAUAGCAAAACUGCCUUUUCAAAUAGCAAAACUGCCUUUUCAAAUAGCAAAACUCUGUUUGCUAUCUCGUAGUCUGAACAUACUUUUCAGAAACCUGUAUUUUAUGAACCUUAUUUUUAAAGACUAAGUACACAUUGAGCAUUGAGUACUGAGUUUGUUCUAGCGCAAGUAUGCGGCAACAACCAUUGGCGUACCAGUCGGGUACGACUAGAAAUCUUGAAUGAUCGCACCCUGAGUGUAGGUAGAGACAUUAAUGAGGUAACUUGAAUUGCGAGAGAUACAGUACAACUACCUGAAAAAUACAUUUAGAACUUCAACAUUUUGAGUGAUGACCCUUUGAAGCCUCCCCCUUUGUGAGGCUACUAAUACUCACAAGUAGAUGGAGUGUUUGAAAAUAAAUUAUUUCAUUUUCUUGCAGUUUAAUCGUUGAUUUUGAUAAUGAAGAUGAAUAUGAUCCAGAGCAAUUUGCUGGAAAUCAAGUCCCUAUUUUAAUUGUUGGAACCAAAUGUGUGAGUUGUAAACAAACUACAUGUAUAUUUGAUGUCUUCAUUGUCGAUUUAAAAGACGAAAGGCGAUAACCUUUUUUACCGUCCAGGAUCAGUCAGGGACGUCGAGAACAAACAAUUUUAUCCAUGGGAUUAAUCUAGCUGAAGAAGUUGGUGCUGACAGUAUAUCAAUAGUGAGUCGUACAAACUUUUUUAUACAGACACUGGCACUAUUUGUGCAUGCAUUAAUGCAUAUAAUUGCAGCAGUGAACAGGAAUUUUUGUUUCAGUCAUGACUAAGUAAACCUUGAUCCCGUUGAUAGGAUUGCACUAAAAUACAAGAGCUCUCACAUGGAUCAGAAAAUUUGCAGAAACUUAAUAUGUUUAUUAAUAAAGUAAGUGAGAACUACAUCAAAUCAAAUACUUCACUAGCAUGAAUUUGUUGUUGAAGUGUAAAAGUAUAUACAUUUUCACCCUUUUUACACUAGGUUAUUGAAAGGAGAUUUUAUUCAAGAGACAAUUCACAGGUAAUAAGCAAAUCAUUCUGCUUCCAUUUCAUUCUGCUUCCAUUCCUUUACUCUGUUUAAUGCCAGAUGAUUUUAAUUGUUAACAUGCUAGAAUUAGCGUUACUGUAUAUGGUUGCGUUUUUUUAAUGAAAGGUUCCCUGUCUGUGUGUUGCAAGAUAUGCACAUCUUUCAACAUUUUUCAUUUUCAGACAAUGUUACUCCAAGAUAAUGCCCGCUUGGACAACUGGAAAGAACGUGCAAACAAGAGAAAGUUUUUUUGA